AUGGCUUCAGCAAAGCCCCUGGCAAUGAUGUGGGAGGAGGUCACAUGCUCUAUCUGCCUGGAUCCCAUGGUGGAGCCUGUGAGCAUCGAAUGUGGCCACAGCUUUUGCCAAGAGUGCAUCUCUGAGGUAGGGAAAGAUGGAUGCAGUGUCUGCCCUGUAUGCCGGCACAGAUUUCUGCUCAGGAACUGCCGGCCCAAUCGGCAGCUAGCCAACAUGAUGGACAACCUUAGGCAAAUGGGCCAGAGUGCCAAGGAGGGCACAAAAGGGGAUCAGUGUGAAGUGCAUGGAGAGAAACUUCACCUAUUCUGUGAAAAAGAUGGGACAGUCCUUUGCUGGGUGUGUGCCCAGUCCCGGAAACACCGUGACCAUUCCAUGAUCCCUAUUGAGGAGGCUGCUCAGGAGUACCAGGUGAAGAUCCAAGUGGCAGUAGAGAAGCUGAGAAGAAAGCAAGAAUUGGCUGAAAAGUUGGAAAUCGAUGUUGCUGAGAAGAGAGCAGCCUGGAAGAAAAAGAUGGAGAUGCACAAAUUGAGGAUUCACUCAGAGUUUGUGCAGCAGAAAAACUUUCUGGCUGAAGAAGAACAGAGGCAGCUGCAGAAACUAGAGAAGGAUGAGAGGGACCAGCUGAGAAUCCUGGGAGAGAAUGAAGCCCAGCUGGCCCAACAAAUCCAGGGUCUGCAGGAGCUGAUCUUGGAACUGGAGCAGAGACGUCAGGGCUCAGCGCUGGGACUGCUACAGGAGGUUAGAAGUAUCCUGGAAAGGAGUGAGACCUGGAACCUGAAGGAGGUAGAGUUUACCUGCCCAGACCUGCGGAGUGAGUGCUGUGUACCGGGGUUGAAAAAGAUGCUGAGGACACGUGGAGUAUACAUCACUCUGGAUGCAGACACAGCCAAUCCGUGGCUCAUCCUUUCUGAUGAUCGGAGACAAGUUAGACUUGGAGACAUCCACCAGGAAUUGCCUGAAACUGAAGAGAGAUUUGAUACUUACCCUAUGGUCCUAGGUGCCCAGUGCUUCGACUCGGGAAAGCAUUACUGGGAGGUAGAUGUGACUGGAAAGGAGGCCUGGGACCUGGGGGUCUGUAGAUACUCUGUGCAAAGGCAAGGACAUUUUUUGCUGAGCCCCGAGAAUGGCUUUUGGACAGUCUGGCUGUGGAACAAACAAAAAUAUGAAGCUGGAACCUCGCCCCAGACUUCCCUCCACCUUCAGGUUCCUCCGAGUCAAAUUGGGAUUUUCCUGGAUUGUGAAAACUGCACUGUCUCCUUCUACAAUGUCACUGACCAUGGCUCCCUCAUCUACACGUUCUCUGAAUGUGCCUUUGGUGGGCCUCUGCGACCCUUCUUCAAUCCUGGUUUCAAUGAUGGAGGAAGAAACAAAGCCCCUCUGACCCUGUGUCCACUGAAGCUGGGAUGUUAGGGGUCUACUAAAUACUGUGACUUCCUUCUGGACACUUCCACUUGCUCCCUCUUGGUACUCUUCCUAGUCAUUCUCCCUGUCUCUUUUUCCUCUGCAGAGGUGUCAACAUUCCAGCAAGCAGACUUUGGCAGGGAAGUCACUAAAAGUCAGUUCCAAAUGUCUUUUAACAGCAGUAUUCCUGCCUUUAUGUGA